AUGGAAGAGUCCAAUACAACUGAGAAACAAGAUACAAAUGAGCCACAGAAAGAUGACAUUACUGCGCCAGAAAACAUCUUAAGGAAAGACGCCAAGGAAAUACAAUCUCCAUUAAAUGUUGAAAAGGGUCCAGUAUCAGAAAAAAACAGUGAAGAAUUUCAGUUGGUGCAAGGAAAGCACAAGAAGAAAUUAAAAUAUUCAGGUUCUUGUGAGUCACAAAAACCUCCUCAGAUGCUUUCGUCAUUUGAGAUAACUGCUGGUUGCUAUGCUAUCCUGGACGAACCUAGUGAAGAUGCCAUGGAGUUUAAACAGAGUGAAGGAUCUCUCUGGAAAAGGCGAUCCACAGAGGAAUUGCAGUUGUUCUGUGAAGAAGAAGAAGAAGAAGCAACUGCUUCUGUUUCAAUAAAACGAUGGGGAUCUCAAGGGGAUAAUAUAGGAGCAGUAAAGAAGAAGCGCUGA